AUGGUUUGUUGCAUACUGGCUAGCAUUUUAUUCGCUAGUACAGCGAAUGUUCCCUUAAACGAAACCCAUUACCAAUUACAGUAUUAUAAAAUUUAUAACAAGCGUAGUGCUUUAAAUCUUACAUUUAGUCAGCCACAAGGCUUAGUGACACGUCAACGUCAACGUCAGCGUCAGCGUCAGCAACAAGAUAUUAAAUAUAAACGUGUUGAUAAGUUAAGUAACCGUGAAAUAAAAGAUCAAUUCGAUUAUCGUUAUCCAGAUGGCAGCUAUGAAUACCGUUAUGAAUUGGAUAACGGUUCAGCGCGUUACGAACGCGGCUAUUUUUUACAAAUAGAUGAUCAGAAAAUACUAGUUGUUGUCGGCUACUAUUCAUAUCGUAUGCCUAACGGUCAAUAUAUUACAGCGUUCUAUAAUGCCGAUCAGAAUGGUUAUCGCCAAACACAGGCCAUUACUCGCGAAGCUUAUCCAAACUUGCCGCGCACUUUAAACGUGCCAGAACCUUGA